GCGGGUCGCAGGCUGAGCCUAGGCAUGGGGAGGUGGCAAGACAUGACACAGGAGGAGCUAGAGAAGCAGUAUGCCCCCGGCCGGUGGUCUCACCGCAUGGACAAGGAGGCUGUGAUAGAGGCCCAUGUCAGGGAGGUGACUGAAGGCACCAGGAGGGCCCAGGCCACUAUGCAGACCCUGCUGCAUGUCCCUUAUGGGGGCAGUGAUGGGGAGAAACUAGACAUUUACUUACCCACAGAUCCCUCUGGAGCCUUCCCACUUGUCCUGUACAUCCACGGUGGAUACUGGCAGUUUUUAAGUAAGGAGGUGUCGGGCUUUAUAGCGCCCCCUCUGGUGACACAGGGCAUUGCGAUGGUGGCAGUUGGCUAUGAUGUGGCUCCGAAAGGCCACAUGGAUGUGAUGGUGGCGCAGGUCCGGCGUAGCGUGGCCUUCAUUGUGCAGCAGUAUUCAAAGACCAGCGGCGUUUACCUGUGCGGACACUCCGCAGGGGCUCACCUGGCAGCCAUGGUGCUCUCAACUGACUGGGAGGAGUAUGGAGUGACACCAGACAUAAAAGGAGCUUUUCUGGUGAGUGGAGUCUAUGACCUCGAACCCAUCACGCACACCUCUGUGAACAACCUGCUCCACGUGAGCCGGGAGGUCGCCCGGAGGAACAGCCCCGUCCUGUGCAUGACAGCAGCGACGCCUGCCAGGAAGGCCUGUGAGGUGCUGAUCGCUGUGGCCCAACACGACUCGCCAGAAUUCCACAGACAAUCCCAAGAGUAUUUCCAGGCCUUGCGCUCAGCUGGCUGGAGCGUCUCUUUGCUGGACAUUGCUGACACGGAUCACUUUGACGUAAUUGAGAAGUUAUCCCAGAGGGGUUAUAUCCUGACUCAGGUGAUUUUGAACAUGAUUUCAAGAGCUUGAUUUGAAAGUGAUGGGAGCAAAAUGGAGGCUGCAAACCACAGUCCCACUGACAGCCAGUCACUGCCUGGUCCCCACGUGACCCUUUCUGUUCCUGGGGCCAGACUAGCAUCUCCCUUGUGCAGCCCCGUCAGACGUGCCCAGCUGCUUGGGACAGACAUUUGCCUUUUCGGCCCCUCCCUGUCUACCUAGUUCCUGUUCUGUGCAAUCCCUGAUGCUGGCUGGAACAGGGAAGGGGGAAGGCCAGCUCUAGCGGGGCCUAUUAGAAUAUUCUCAGUGGUGCCAGGGGGUUUUGUGCCAGGUUUGCUGGGCACAUCACUCUUGUCACGCAGGCUGACACCUGGCUGCAGCGUACUGGACAGACAGUCCAGUGGGGCUCUCCCUGGCUGGCUGGCUCCACUGUGGGUUUGCCCCCUCACAG